AUGAGCCUGUACGUCUUGAUUAGACUGGUUAAACCCGCCCACAAAACCCCGGCCGGAACCCGCUCCAGCCCGCCAAUAAUUGGGCUUGUUGGAGGGGAAGAUGAUGUUCCUCUUGUUAACUGCCACGUCAUCCUUCAGAUCAUGGUAUGUCAGGAUUUCUGGGGGCAUCGCGGCCACCGGAAGUACCAGGGCCAUUGCCAGGCUUAUCUUUGGGUUAGUGUUGGCAUUGGUGCGCAGGACAUCAAAGUUGGCCCUCAGCUCCUUGUUAAGGAUCUACUUGGUCAGGGCAGGUCAACCUGUUAA